AUGGACUUGGCCAAUGGGAGUUCCUCACAAAACGUCAUCCUGCUGGGCUUCUCAGACCAGCCCUGGUUGGAGCUGCCCCUCUUUGUGAUCUUUCUGGUCUCCUACAUCCUGAUCAUCCUGGGAAACUUGACCAUCAUCCUGCUGUGUCGGGUGAACUCACGACUCCACACCCCCAUGUACUUCUUCCUCACCAACUUCUCCUUUCUAGAUCUCUGUUACACCACCACCACCACCGUCCCUCAGAUGCUAGUCAACUUCGCAGCACACACAGAGCCAUCAAGCUAUGGCGGCCGUGUGGCUCAGCUCUUCAUCUUUCUGGCUUUGGGCUCCAAUGAAUGUAUCCUCCUGAUGGCCAUGUCUUCUGACCGCUUCGUGGCCAUCUGCCAACCCCAGCAUUACUCCACUAUUAUGCACCACAGGCUUUGCUUCCAGCUAGUAGCCAUCUCAUGGUUUAGUGGGGUCAGCACCUCAGUGCUCCAGUCCACAUGGAUGCUGAAGAUGCCCUGCUGUGGCUGCCACCGAGUGAAUCACUUCUUCUGCGAGGUGCCUGCCCUGCUCAAGCUCUCCUGCGUCAAUACCGUGACCAAUGAGUCAGAGCUCUUCUUCAACAGCUUCCUCUCCCUCCUGAUCCCCAUGACCCUCAUCCUGAUCUCCUACUGCUUCAUCGUCCGGUCCAUGCUGAGGAUCCCACUGGUGAAGGGCCGCCGUUGGGCCUUCGAGCCCUGUGUUUCUCACUUGCUGGUGGUUUUGCUCUUCUUUGGGACAGCCAACUACAUGUACCUGCAGCCCCUGUCCCCCAUCUCACUGGAGCGUGGAAAGAUGAUCUCUCUCUUCUAUGGGAUCAACACUUCCAUGUUGAAUCCCAUCAUAUACUCUCUGAGGAAUAAGGAUGUGCACUGUGCUUUCCUGGGACUUGUGUCUAAGGUUCCCUCCCUCAAGGUGUGA